AUGUUGUUUGGUUGUGCUUUGGAGGGAGCGCCGGUGCGGAAUCUCGGAUCUUAUGGGAGAAACUUGGCGUGUGAACGUCGAAUUGGUGAAGCAUUGCAGCCACUCACCAGAAAGCAAUUGCCUUGCUCCAUUUGCCGAACGAGGGCUCAAAUCCGAAGAUCCGAAGAAGGAGCAAAUCGUUUCUCCGUCAUGACGCGCCGCAACAGCUUUGGUCCUGUGCUGGUUUUUGCCGCGGUGUCCUGGUGCCUGGAUGCGUGGUUCUCCCCACAUGCCGCCCGGGACUUGGCACUGGUCGCCACGGAGGAGCCGCAGGACAACUUCAUGACCAAGGUUUUCGCGGCCGCUGCGCAGGGAUGCACGGCCGCGCUGGUGGCGGCCAUUUUGUCGGCGAUGUGCGAGCCCUUGGUGAACCGCCUGUUGGUGAAGCGGAUGACUGUAGGCCAGGCCUUUCAGGAGGUGAACUUCAACCUCGUGGCCAACUUCUUCCUCACGACCUUCCCCACCAACAUGCUGAAGUUCCCAGUGUUUGAGAUCAUUAACCGGGCCAUGACCUUCACCGGCCUUUCCCCGGGUCUGUCUGGCUUUGUGAGCGGCUGGCUCUUCUGCACCAUCAUGCUGCCGGUGACUAACUACCGCUUCCGCAAGAGCAUGGGAUGGGAGAUCAAGGUGGCCCUCCUGUAUCAGGCCUACAUCCCCACAGUGGCCCGAGACAUCAUCUACGGCUGGGCCCGCGGCUUGGUCCAGCCUUGGCUGCUGGAUACCAUUGCCCCCACCACCUUCACCCACAAGGCCAUGGUCUUUGGUCUCACCAUUUGGGCCUCCUGCAUCAUCUCAUCUCCCUGCAACGAGUGGCGCGGCUACACCCUGCAGCCCCCUGACAAGAAGUUGCCUUUCAACAUCUACUUCAAGCCCAUCAAUUACGCGCGCUCCACAGGCAUCGGCUCCAGCAUCAUGGGGAUUGCACUGAUGAUUGGCAUGCUGGUGACGCCCUACGCAGAGGAAGCUUUCGCCUACUUCAAGGAGCACACGGCAAUUGCCCUGGGCCUUGUCGCGCUCAUUGUGGUUGGCAUCGUGGCCCUGACAAAAUGA